CAGAACUGAGAUACGCUUUCUCCUUUCAUUCAUUCACCUAAUACGCCUCUGGAGAAUCACAUUCACUGUAACACCCGGAUACGUGGAGAUAUUAGGUCAUAUAUACCUGAGAAAUGCCUCCAUAGGUGGCUUCACACUCGGCGACAAUGGCGAACCAGUCCACGCUCCGCCAGCGGCCCUCCGACCGCCUGUCGCAAUGGUUCGACCACUUCUACGUACGACUGGCCGCGCGCAUCGACCAGCUGCAGAGCCGCAGUCCCCUCGACAAGACCACGACACGUCUGGUUGCCACUCUUGCCCUCGCGCUGGCCAUCGUCACCAGCAGCUAUGGCGGCUAUCGAUACUACAAAGGCGUGGAGAAGGAGAAAGAGGUGGGCAGGAGGCUCCUACGGCGCAACAGUGGGCUCAAGGCCAAAGACGGAACAAGGACCAUUUACGUGCCAUACAAGGAUACCAGCAGCAAGGUGGUCAUACACCCCAUCAAGGCCACGACGUUUGACGCACAUAGGCGCUUCUUCCUGAAUCCGAUCCGCCAAAGAAGCUCAGGCAGACAGAUCGCGCUGGAUGCGCCGCCGACGAACAUCAAACCGGGCCUCAAUGUUGCCUUUGUGCAUCAGUUCAUGGCAAUCAUGCAGAUUGCGGUGCCGCGACUGGGUUCCAAGGAGUCUGGCCUGCUUGCGACUCAUGCCUUCUUCUUAUUGCUCAGGACUUACCUGUCUCUCGUCGUCGCUACGUUGGAUGGCGAGAUUGUAAGAGAUCUGAUCGCAGGACAGGGCAAAGCAUUCCUGCUAGGCCUUGGCAAAUGGCUGUCCGUAGGUGUUGUAGCCAGCUACACGAACUCUAUGAUCAAGUUUCUGCAAUCCAAGAUCAGUAUCGCCUUCCGAACGCGGCUGACUCGAUACAUCCACGACCUGUAUCUGAGCUCAAACAUGUCAUACUACAAAAUGCAUACGCUCGAUGGCAGCAUAGAUCAGGGAGCCGACCAGUUCAUCUGCCAGGAUCUGACUUUGUUUUGCGACAAUGCAGCUCAGCUGUACUCUAGUCUUGGGAAGCCCUUGGUAGACCUGUUCACAUUCAAUUACCAGCUGUAUAAGUCGCUGGGCCCUUUGGCUCUGGGCGGCUUGCUGAGCAAUUAUGCGGCGACGGCGAUCUUGCUCAAGAGACUCAGCCCUCCCUUUGGCAAGUUAAAAGCAGCCGAGGGACGCAAAGAGGGAGCGUUCAGAGCAUUGCAUUCCAGACUCAUCGCAAAUGCCGAAGAGGUGGCCUUCUAUGCCGGCGGACCCACAGAACACGCCUUGCUGGAUGCUGGCUUCAAGGAGUUGAGGAAGAUGAUGGAGACGAUAUACCGUGUGAAAAUUGGUUACAAUAUGCUAGAGGAUUUCGUGCUGAAGUAUACCUGGUCUGCACUUGGAUUUGUCAUCACAAGUCUGCCUGUGUUCCUGCCGGGCCUACACAUUGCACCAGAGCCGCCUAAGAAAGCUGGGGUCACUGGAGGCUCACCUGAGAGCACUGAAGAUAACAAGACGGGAUCGCGUACAAAGCAGUUCAUCACCAAUAAGCGACUCAUGCUCAACCUCGCGGAUGCUGGCAGUCGCAUGAUGUACGCCAUCAAGGACUUGUCUGAGCUUGCUGGACAGACUAGUAGAGUAUUCAUGCUCAUCAGCACCUUGCAUCGUGUACAUGCAAAUGCCUACAAUCAGCCCAGAGACCGAUACCCCGAACCGUACAAUCUUGCUGACGUUCAUGGCACGUUACAUAAGGGCUACGAUGGUGUACGGUUGGAGGAUGUGCCCAUCGUGGCCCCUGCACCACAUCCAGGUGGUGGCGAGGAGCUCAUCGAUAACCUUUCGUUCGUCGUAGGACCAGGUGACCACUUGCUCAUCACGGGACCAAAUGGUGCUGGUAAGUCUGCUGUCGCGCGUGUGGUAGCUGGAUUGUGGCCCACAUACCGUGGCUUGACCUCCCGACCACGCACCACCGGACAAGAUGGCAUCAUGUUUCUUCCACAGAAGGUUUACCUCAGCCAUGGCACUUUGCGCGAUCAAGUCAUCUACCCCCAUACGGAAGUGGAAAUGAAGGAGGCAGGUCGUACGGAAAUGGAACUGCUUGGAAUCCUUGAAGAAAGCAAACUCGGCUACAUUCCUGAUCGCGAGGGCGGCUGGGAUACAAGGAAGAUGUGGCAAGACGUGCUCAGUGGAGGCGAGAAGCAGCGUAUGAGCAUAGCUCGAUUGCUGUACCAUGAACCACGAUACGCGUUCAUUGAUGAGGGUACAUCUGCCGUCAGCUCUGAUGUUGAAGGGAUCCUGUACGAGACAUGCAAGAAGAAGGGCAUCACUCUCAUCACGAUCUCCACGCGUGCCUCUCUCAAGCGAUACCAUUCUUACACUCUGACACUUGGCCUCGGUGAAGAAGCAAACGAGUAUGAAUUCAACAGAAUCGGAACUGCAACCGAGAAAAGCAGUGUGGAACGAGAAAUCCAGGAGUUGCGUGAGCAACUAAGCCAGGUCGAGGGCUGGAAAUUGAGAAGAAAGGCUAUCGAUGAGGAGCUAUCCAAGGUGUGGGUAUCUGGGCAAGAGCUGCCGGCGCCUGAUUACCACAAUGGAAGUUCCGAAGGCGAGACUGUCAGUGUCUGAGGUACAUGUAGAUGAAUAGAACAUUUCAUCCAUUCUUACACCGC